AUGGCCCCGUCCCUCACAGCCAACGGCAAGGAACGCCUGGAAGCAUUCACCAACGUCGUGGUCGGCACGCGGCGCGCACCGCUGGCGCUGACGGGCGUCGCGACGGCCGACGGCGUGCUCUCGCUCACUGGCGCCGGGCCGCGGGUGGCCGACAAGCCGGAGCUGGGCGACGUCGACGGCGACACGAUGCUCCAGCUCUACUCGAUGGCUAAGCUCGUGACGUCCAUCGCGUGCGUGCAGCUCGAGGAGGCGGGCAAGCUGUCGUUUGACGACGCCGCUGUCAUUGAGAAACACCUGCCGGAGCUCGCGGCACAGGGCAUCCUCACCGCCGUCAGUGACGCCGGCGAGGUGACCACGACCCCACGCACGCAGUCGCUCACGCUGCGCCACCUGCUCACGCACACCUCGGGCCUGGCGUAUAACUUUGCGUCGCCCCUCCUCGCCAAGUGGGAGGCCGCGACGCACCACGGCAUGUGGUUCGAGCGGCGCGCGGGCGUCGAGAGCAUCACGAUCCCGCUGCUCUUCGAGCCGGGGACCAAGUACGUCUACGGGCUCGGGCUCAACUGGGCCGGCGUACUCGUCGAGCGCGUGUCCGGCCUCUCGCUAGAGGACUACUUCCACACGCACAUCUUCGGCCCGGCCGGCGUCUCGCGCGCCGACAUGACCUUCAUCCCGACCGACGCGGUCAAGGCGCGCCUCGCGACCAUGUACGCGCGCACCGAAGGCGGCGGCUUUGCGCCGACGGACGCGCUGCACGCCGUGCAGACGUGGCAGCCAGACGACGUCGUCCUCCAGUCCGGCGGGGCCGGGCUGAUCGGCAGCGUGCGCGCGUGGCUCGCGUUCAUGAGCCAUAUCCUGCGGUGCCAGCAUAAAGACAGCGCACUGAGCACGCAGGCCUUUGCGCGCGUGUUCACCAACGCGCUGCCGCCGCGCGAGUCCCACCCCCAGGUGUACAAGGACCUAGGCGACAUGGCCCACUUUGAAGGCAUCACGCAGGCGCAGUACGCGACCGGCGCGGCGGUCGCGCACAGCCUCGGCCUGCUCAUCUUCGAGGCGGACAGCGCGCUCGGCCGCAAGAAGGGCAGCGGCGCGUGGUCGGGCGCCGCGCGUACGCGGUUCUGGAUCGACCCCGCCUCGGGCGUCGCGGGCUUCUGCGGGACACAGGUGCUCGAGACUGAGUGGGCACCGUUCGCAAAGGUCGUCGACGAGUUCGAGACGCUCGUGUACGAGGCGCUGGUGUAG